ACAUUUAUAACACCUCUCGCAGGUCGUCUGGUCACCAAAGUAAAACCUCGAAAACCGUGCUAUAAUUAAACCCCCGCCCUCCUCCCUUUCAUCUGCACCUUACCAGAAACAACAUCAACAUACUUGAUUAUUUCCUUACCAUCUCACUUCGUCAUCUUUUCAUAUCUCCCUUGGAAAUCAUUCUUAUAUAGGAGUAUUAGAAUACAAUAGAGCUGCCCACGCCGUUUCCCCAAAAGAGAAAUUCGGUACGAUACAAAAACACGCAAAUCGAAAAAAUGGAUUCUUCAAUAUCAUCUCACGAGAACUAUCAUCAUAUUGAUAGUGAUGAAUAUGAGUAUCAGAAUGAUAACUGGCUCGGCUUCUCUCUUUUCCAACCAUUCCAUGCCGAUCCCCAAAGUGUUGAGCAUGAUGGUGAAAGUACGGACUUGUCCAUGCUCACUUUAGGGAGUCCCAAGCUCGAAGAUUUUCUAGGCGGUUGCGCAGAUGAGUCCGGCGCACAAGCGGUGUGUGCACGAAGUAACAAAGCACGAAAAGUUGAACAUAAUAGUAGCGCAUCGCCAUCCUGCGCGCGCCCUGGUUCUCCCGAGGAUUCGCAGAAGCAGCUCGUGGUUGUGAAGCCACAAGAUCAGGCUCCUGCUAAGAAGGCCAUUGAGUCCUUUGGCCAACGGACCUCCAUUUAUCGAGGCGUUACUAGGCAUAGAUGGACGGGUAGAUAUGAAGCUCAUCUGUGGGACAACAGUUGCAGAAGAGAAGGCCAAAGCCGAAAAGGAAGACAAGUUUAUCUUGGUGGUUAUGACAAAGAAGACAGAGCAGCUAGAGCUUAUGAUCUUGCUGCCCUCAAGUAUUGGGGCAACACGACUACCACAAACUUUCCGGUGAGUAGCUACGAAAAGGAAUUGGAAGAGAUGAAGAACAUGACCAGACAAGAGUUUGUUGCUUCCCUCAGAAGGAAGAGUAGUGGGUUUUCAAGAGGUGCUUCCAUGUAUAGAGGAGUCACCAGGCAUCAUCAGCACGGGCGUUGGCAAGCAAGAAUCGGUAGAGUUGCUGGCAACAAAGAUCUAUACCUUGGAACAUUCAGUACACAGGAAGAAGCUGCUGAGGCUUAUGACAUUGCAGCAAUCAAGUUCAGAGGGGUGAAUGCUGUCACAAACUUUGACAUGAGCCGAUACGAUGUCAACAGCAUUGCCACUAGCAAUCUGCCUGUAGGUGGCACAACCACCAAAUCGAAGUCUAAAUCAUCUUCCAACCCAUCCGGUUCCCUCAAAAGCGCAAGCCGUAACCAAAGCACUCAACUAGACCACUGUGAUCUUUCAAUGUCGUCAUCGUCAAUAACAUUUGGGAUGCCAGUCAAACAAGACUCAUCUGAUUACUGGCCUGUAAUUGCAUAUAACCAGCAGAGUUACAACAGCACGGGGACCGAAGGGCUUUACAAUCAAAGCACAGCAUUCUGCAUGGACUUUAACAAUGAUGCAGCAUACUUCAGUACUGGUGGUGGAGGGAGUUACAUUAAUAACCUGCAGCAGCAACAAAGCAGUGUCGAUGGUGGCUCCUCGAGCUCUAUUUCAUUCUCCACGCCAAUGGACUUGAAUAUUAUUAACCCGCAGAAGCAAAACAGUGCUGAUGGCGGUGCUUCGAGCUCUAUUUCAUUCGCCAUGCCAAUGGACUUGAAUAGCAAUAUCAACGACAACACCCCUUACUACGGAGGGUCUGAAGGUAACUUCUAUGACUGGAAUAUCCCAUUCUCGUCUGCAAGAGCCAGUAACUUGUCAGUGUAUCAAAGUCCUAUAUAUGGCAUGGAAUGAUCUUUUAGUCAAGAGUGCUCGACAGAAAUGUAGCCAAGGCACUUUACGUUUGAUCAUUAGGAAGCAGUUGCAUGGCAACGAACUAACCAUUUCUAGUAAUAUAGUGUAUAUCUUUCGAUGCGGGCGGAGGGAUUUAUUAUGGUAAAAUUAGAAGAAAAUCUUUGUAGCAGUCGUUUUCUAUCUGUCUCUGGCACUGUUGUGGUACUUUAAUCUAUUCUCUUGGCUUUUUAGUUGUCUGUAAUAUUUUUAUAUACAGAAAGUACGUACAGAGUUUGGCCAGGAGUUCUGUUAAAUUCUGUUAACGUUAUAAGUAGAACGUACCGUUAGUGAUCAAUGUAUUUUGUAGGCGGGAAACUCCAGGAGCGAUUCCGUCUCGAUUUAUAUGUUGGGGUUCAGGCAAUUUCUA